ACCUACGGAGAGGAGGUUAUUUUUCUUCGUCGAUCUGAGGAUAUUUUGGUAGACAUAUUGAGAAUCUUGGAAAAUGAGUGCUAUUUUCCGAUUAUCUACAAGUAGGUUUCUUUGUAAAGCCUGCAGAAGGAAUACUCGGCUUCCGAUGUCCAGCGCGCUAACGAAGACUUCGCAUGGUUCUCGGGCGUUUGCAACAGAUUCUGAGGAGAAUUUGAGAAAAACACCUUUGUAUGAUUUCCAUUUGGAGCUUGGUGGAAAGAUGGUCCCUUUCUGCGGUUGGUCAAUGCCAGUGCAAUAUAAAGAUGGUGUACUACCUUCACAUUUACACACUCGGCAACAUGCCUCUCUGUUUGAUGUAUCCCACAUGUUGCAAUUUAAAGUGCAUGGAAGUGACAGAAUUAAAUUUUUGGAAAGCCUGGUAGUUGCAGAUAUUGCAGGACUUGCAGAUUACACAGGGACUCUUUCUCUGUUUACCACAGAAGAUGGUGGGAUUAUUGAUGACUUGAUUAUAAACAAAACACCUGAACAUUUGUAUGUAGUGUCCAAUGCAGGGUGUGCAGAUAAAGUUUUGGAGCAUCUUCAGGAUAGACUGAAGGCAGUGAGCAAUGAUUUGGAUGUUGCGCUUGAAAUUCUUGAGGACAAAGCACUUGUUGCAUUACAAGGACCUCAAGCUGCCAAAGUUCUUCAAAGUGGUGUGCAAAGUGAUCUUAGUAAAAUGUUUUUCAUGCACGGUGGCGUAGUGGAAGCGUUUGGGAUCAAAGAUGUACGAGUUACGCGUUGUGGCUACACGGGAGAGGAUGGGUUUGAGCUGUCAGUGGACAAGGAGAGAGCUGUUGAUUUGACGAAAGCAUUAUUAGAAAGCAAAGAGGCAGAUGUUAAGCCAGCAGGCCUGGGGCCGAGGGACAGUCUGAGACUAGAAGCUGGGCUUUGUCUCUAUGGAAACGACAUUGAUGAAAACACCACGCCUGUUGAAGCUGUUCUUGUGUGGACAAUUGGGAAAAGACGACGUGCCCAAGCAGACUUUCCAGGAGCGGAAAUAAUCCUCAGACAGAUUAAAGAGAAGACCAAGAGGAAGAGAGUAGGGCUUGUGUCGAAAGGCCCUCCUGCGAGAGCGGGGGCAAAUAUUUUAGAUGCUGAUGGUAACAAAGUAGGUCACGUGACAAGCGGUUGUCCAUCACCGUGCCUGAAGCAGAACAUUGCAAUGGCUUACGUACCAACAGCGUUAUCCAAACCAGGGACAGCAUUACAUUUAGAGGUGUACAAGAAGAGGAUUGACGCUCAAGUUGUAAAGAUGCCUUUUUUGCCAACAAACUACUACUUUGGGAAAUGAAUAUGAAGAUGAAUGAUUUUAGAAUUAAGGCCUGAAACGAAAUGAGAAACUGAAAUAUCUAGCGUGACUUUCAAGUAGGAAUACUUUUUGAAAUUGACUACAUUUUAAAAUGCUCUGUGAAACCUAUCGAAGAUAAUUUAUUUAUUGAUUAGUUUAUAGAGGUUUUUUAACGAUUUCGUACCUAUGGAUUGAAGAUUGAAGAUUAAAGCACAACUCUACCAUUCAAAUAUUCUUAUAUAUCAAAUGUAAGACAGUUUUUAAGAUAUAAAUGUUAAAUAUCAUUACGUGUCGUUUUCAUAGUUGUGAAAGGCAUAUAAGGCAGUUGGGAGGCAUAUAAGUCUAUUUUGUAAAGAAAAAGAUUAUUUUGCUAAAGAAAGGUUUGAAUGACAACAAACAAAGA